AUGGCUGCGAGGUUCUCUUCGGCAAGGCUCAGAACAUUCACAGAGGAUACAAAGGUUGGAAACACUCAGAAUGAUUCUCAGAUAGUUCUGAUCAUGGUGAAUUUGAACUCAAAGAUCAAGCACACGAAUAUCAAGAUGACACAGAAGAUCAACGGGAUAGAAAUGAAGGGCUUCAUUUCAAUGAUUCAUCUUCUGAUGCCCCAGCGCUCCCAAGAGCAACUCCGCAAUUUGCGCGAGAGAAUAUCAACACUUGCAGAGCAGCAUCCAGAUGCGGGGCAUCCUCAAAAUUCACAAAAGGAAGGCAAGGAAGUUGUGUCUCAUAAUAGAGAUAAAUCGAACUCACCUGGGCUCUCAAUGCUUGUUGUUCAACCGAAAUUGGAUAAUUUUGCAGGAAUGGACCAAGACGUCGGCUCCGAGCACAGGGUUGACCCUGUUGUCCAAACGCCCAGUCAUGUGGAUUUGAGCAGAUAUCCAAACGUCGGAAAUCACCACAGUGACCUGAGUUUUGAGAGUUCCGCUGCGAAAAACUUUGAGCACAGCAUAAUAGAGGGAAACUCAACUGUCUUGCAUCGUUCGAAAGGAUUCGAGCGACUGGUUAAGGAGAUGAAAGCAUACUUCGACUGCAAAGAAGACGGGCUAGUAGGAUGGUUCCUAGACCUCGAUGAGGACGGUGAUGGGCUUGUUACGGCGGGAGAACUUCUUGAUGAGAUCCAUACCAUGAGAUGCGACGUUGACAAAGAGGCUGCUGCGGAGCUUGUAGGCAUUCUUACAGAUGAGGAUAUCAAGGCAAUCUCACUUUCACACUUCUGGAAGUUCUUCAUGCUGCCUGAUCAGCGACUUCAUCAUAUAUUUUUUGAGGCGAGGACUUCUCAUUCGAAGCUUACGAGCUCCAACCUUUUGGGUCUUCUUCGCUUGUCACUGUAUGCUGUGUUCCACCACAUACUCCGAGGAGGUCGAAGAGCCCCAGCCUUGGAUUUUUGUCGAGCCGAAACAGUCGAGAGAUUUCUGCGGACUCAGGGGCGAGCCGGAAUCAUAAUAGCAACAGCAUCUCGGAGAGAUCAAGAAAGACUUUCUAUAGCCCUCGAAAAGAAAUUCGAGGUAGAAGGUCUGGCUGAUACCAAGAGACGUGAGAUUGUUUUUGUUUUCCUCUUCCACUGCAUGAUUUGUGUGCGGCAUUGGCUUAAGGGGAGGAUGAUAUGA